GGGGGCUCCGCCGGGCUCUGUAGGACGGCGGCGGCCCGCACACCCGCCAUGGAUCUGAUGCUGCUGGGGAACACCAGCCUGGGCUCCCCGAACGGGUCCCUGGCGCUGCUGCCCCCCUCGUCGCCGUCCUCCGCCGCCCUCCUGCAGCCUCCUUCCCCCUACUCGCCCGCUGCCGUGGCCAGCCUGGCUGCCUUGGUGGGUUUCAUCAUCGUUUUCACGAUCGUGGGCAACGUGCUGGUGGUGAUCGCCGUGCUCACCAGCCGGGCGCUGAGAGCUCCUCAGAACCUCUUCCUGGUGUCCCUGGCCAGCGCCGACAUCCUGGUGGCUACCCUGGUCAUCCCCUUCUCCCUGGCCAACGAGCUGAUGGGCUAUUGGUACUUUGGCAAAGUGUGGUGCAACAUCUACCUGGCGCUGGAUGUGCUCUUCUGCACCUCCUCCAUCGUGCACCUGUGCGCCAUCAGCCUGGACCGGUACUGGUCCAUCACGCAGGCGGUGGAGUACAACCUCAAGAGGACCCCUCGGCGGAUCAAGGCCAUCAUCGUCACCGUCUGGCUCAUUUCUGCUCUCAUCUCCUUUCCACCAUUGAUCUCCAUGUACCGGGACCCUGAAGGAGAUGUCUUUCCCCAGUGCAAGCUCAAUGAUGAGACAUGGUACAUUCUUUCUUCUUGCAUUGUCUCUUUCUUUGCACCCUGCCUCAUAAUGGUGUUGGUCUAUAUCCGUAUCUACCGUGUGGCCAAGCUAAGGACCAGGACCCUCUCUGAAAAGCGUACGAUGCCAGAGGGGUCCUCCCAGACUGAGAAUGGCUUGAGCCGCGCUGCUGGGGGCUGCACAUCCCUGAGGAUGCAGUUGGGAGAGAAUGGACAUUAUUCAAUGCAUCACUGGCGCAAAGCCUCUGAGCUGGAGGACAUUGAGCUGGAGGAGAGCAGCACCUCAGAGAGCCGACGGAGGCGGAGCCGGGAGGAGCAUCCUCGCAAAAGCAGCAAGAGCCAGUCCUUCUCCUACUCAUAUUCCUCCAAGCACUCCAGUAGCCGUCUUUCCCGCUCCAGCAAUCGCUCCAUGGAAUUCUUCUCAUAUCGCCGUCGUCGGAAGCGUAGCAGUAUCUGCCGUAAGAAAGUCACCCAGGCCCGGGAGAAGCGCUUCACCUUCGUGCUGGCCGUGGUCAUGGGGGUCUUCGUGCUCUGCUGGUUCCCCUUCUUCUUCAGCUACAGCCUCUAUGGUAUUUGCCGGGAGGCGUGUGAGGUCCCUGAGACUCUCUUCAAGUUCUUCUUCUGGAUUGGGUAUUGCAAUAGCUCCCUCAACCCAGUCAUCUACACCAUCUUCAACCAGGACUUCCGCAGGUCCUUUAAACACAUUCUCUUUAAGAAGAAGAAGAAGAACUUUAGGCAUUGAGCCAGAGGGAUAAGAGGGAUGAAUUUUCCUUGAGCAGAAGUGGAGUUAAAAGGGAAGGAAAAGGCUCUGUGCUGAAAAGGAAGGAAGGGAAGAGAACAUGGGGUUGGGGCAUAGAGAGAAGGAAGAGGGCUCGCCCCCUUGGUGGUGCAGAGUGGUGGGGUAUGGGGAUGGUAUCAGGGAGGCUGAGCACAUUCACUGCAGUGCAGAAUGGCAACACGGUGCUGAAGGAGUUGUUCUGGGGUGUGGACGGGUUAACUGGAAAGGGAGGAAUUGUCUUUGAACCCUGACAGAGGACACAGGGAGUCCACCGAGGAAAUUGGGUAAGACACUGAAAUGGAGAGGCCCAGAGCUUAUAGGGGCUUUGCAUUUUGUGGGAAAACAAGCAGAGACAGCAAGAGGAAAAGAUUAAGUGGCAGUUGUGGUGGAAUAACGGAUCUGAGUAUCAACAGAGCAGCUGUGGCCAUGGAUGGGCUUGUCCCAGUAAGAAACUGGCUAUUACUGCUUAUCUGGGGAAAAGUGCUAGGCACCAGGCACUGGCAGGCUUCUGAAUUAUGAAAGGAUUUAAAUGUUUGCCAAAACAAAAAACAAAAAAACAAAAAAACCCUAAAGAACAAUCCAAACUCUUUUCUAAAUAAACCUUUGUACUGCUAAAACCUUCUGAAUGAUGAUUUAUCACAGGGCUUAUGUCAAGCAUGGGGUAUUCUUUUUCUUUAGAGGGUUUUUUUUUUUUUUUCAUAUAGAGCUGGAUGGGAAAUGUUUUUCCUGUCUUGUAUAGAAUUUGCCAGUGGGACAAACUGGGGAGUUUUGCAUGUUUUCAUGAUAUAUGAUAAAGAGCACAUACACACAAUGACCUUAUUUCCCCCUGUUGGAGAUCCAGGCAGUAAAUUCCUGCUCGGUCGCUCUCAGCUCAGUGGCCAGAGAACCUCACUGUCCUGGAGCAGGUGGCUUGUUUAAGACAAAGAUUCCGUCUUAAACCACUUUCCAUUAAAAUCAUUUCACUGAACCCAACUAAAAUUUUUCUGAAGUCCAGUUGCUAACUGGCUUAACUUAAAUGUACUGUGGGGAACUUUCUCCCCAUCAUUAUAGGUCCCCCUCAAAAGGCUUAUCUCAGGGCUGGAUGUGUGCUGCUCUUAUCCUCAGACAGGCAGUCAGAGGCACUCUGCUAUGCAGAUUUUCAGAAGAGCAAUCACCACACCACUGAGGUCUUUAAACCCUUCGUAUUUACUGACUUAGAUUAAAUCCUUUCUAUUUAUUCCCUUUAAUGAGAAGCAUACAUUACAGGUUGUCAGUGGUUUGUGUGAACAAAUCUCAAAUGAAGGUGCGGCUGUUCCAAACCUUUAAUAUUAAUGCUGCCUUCUUUCCCUUUUCCUGUUUUCAUUUCUAGUUCAUGUUUUCAAAGUAUUUUGUUGGGGACCAGGGGGGAGAAGAAGCGUUUGAAUAGUUAUUAAAGCAAGCUUUAUUUCCCGUGGAUUUAUGACAUAUAUGAAAUGUCAUAAACUGUAAUGAAGAGAAUGAGAGGCAGGGGCUGGUUUCUGUAUAUUCCUCACUGAGUGCAUACUGAGUGUAAGACUCAGCUGAAUAUUUACAUCCAUUCUCCAGCUGUGCUGCUGCAAGACGUGUAUUAUGUUUGCAGGGGUAAAUACUGCUCAAUUUUGUUAUGUGUAUCACUCUUUCCAUAGGCAGUAGGAUUUGGCAUCUGCCUCAAAUGAACCUUUCCAUAGUAAACAGCUCUUUGAAAAAAUAGGAUGAAAUAUACAGCAAGCUGCUUGAAACAGCUAAAUUAAAUCUAUACCUGGAAAUCAUUAGAUAUGCCCUUCUUUACUCCCACUCUUCUGUCUGAAAAGUGUUUGUGCUCUCACUUCUUUUGAAAUCUCUACAUCAGAAGAAGAAAUGAUAGAGCAGUCGGUUUGUUUCAUCAGUUUUUCAUUCGGUUCACUUAACCCUGGAAAAGCAAUUUGGCGGUGGUUACUAUUCUGGUGUUAAUUCAAUAAACAAUUUAACUUCAGGGCCAACUCAAGUGGGAGGGUGUUCUGCCUAAGUAAGGAUUAGAUGAUUGCACCAAAUGCGUUUGAAGUUUGCUCGAUUUCAUUAAAGAAGCAACUGAGACAUUUUCAAUGUCUUAAAUCCAUAAACUAGUGGGUCCUUUCUUGAAAUAUGGCUUGGAGUUGUAAAAAGAUUUGAACUUUAUUUAGACAUUUGCAUUUAAAGAAGGUACGUUAAGACAUUUUCAGGAGCAUUCCUAUGUAAAUAACAACUGCUUUGGUACAAGUGUAUACCUGAGACAGACAAAUAGAAGAAAAAAUAGCAACAGACUGAGAGGAGGAAACUACAAGCCAUUUUCUUUUGUGUAAAAUGGAGAAUUCUUUUUAAAAUAAAUCUGCCAGGAGCUGGGCAAGAUCAGAUCGUUUCUAGGUAAUCAUGUAGCUAAAAAGUUCAGGUUUGUUUUAUAUGAAUAAACUAUAUAAUUGCCAGAGCAACCAAAGCAACAUAUGGUAUAUAGCUACUACCUCUGAGCUACUGGAUAGUUUCAUUAGAGAUACCCAUUCCUACCAAGAUAAGGGUCUGGUUUUGUCAUCUAAUGUUCAUUUAGAUUGGAUUCCCAGUCUGCAGAAACACAGCGGUUUCACUGUUGCACUGUUUUUAAGUCAGAUUUGUUGUCUAUAAGUGCAGUCCUUCCCCUUUGUUUUCAUAGAAUUCAAGGAGUCGGAAGAAAUUUAACUGACAGGCUUAAAGUGGAGGUGAAAUAUGUAUGGAAUGGCUGAUGUGCCUUAAAAAUAAUUUCUUUGCUAUCAAAUUAUUCUGUAAUCAUCAUAUAAUGCUUCUAUUUUUGUUUUGCAUUUCAAAAUGCCUACAAAGGGAUUGAUGCAGAUACUGAACACCUAUGUACGGCCGUAUAUUAAAACUAGGACAUUCUCUGUGGUUUUAAUCUCUCUCAGUUACUCAUCUGUUUCAAUGUCUCAAGGAUUUUAUUUCUUCUGAGCUAGGUAAAAAGUAAUAUUCAUCAAUAAGGAUGCACAGUAUACACCCCUUUUAAGUGCAUUUCCCUCUAAAUUAGUGAACAAAGAGGAUUUCUAUAAAUAUUGUUUUUAAUGUAACUACUGAAUAUGCUCUACUGAAUAUGCUUCAAGGAAGUAAAAGGGGGCUGAUUUAUUUUUUUAAUUAGUGUUCUUUUAUUACUUGUAAUAGCUGAAGACUGGAAUUUGUAACAUUGUGUGUUGUUAACACUUCAUAAAAAGUUAUCAGCUCUGCAGCUUGCACUGUGGUUGUACUUCCACUCUAAGUUGGCUCAUGGCACAUCGAGGAAAAACGCAGUCAAUGAAGCUUUUGCACAAGAAAAAGGGAGAAGGUGUUUCAAAUGUAUUCAUUUGUAUGUUUGGUUACAUCUGAUGAGCUGGUGGAAACACUCUUUUUCUCUACUAUUGUGGAAGAAAAAAUGUUACUAUAAAGCCAUAUUGAUUUUAACAAGCACCUGAUCUUCAACUGUUCAUUUGUGUAUUUCACCAUGAAGAGUAUUCUCUGUCAGUCUAAACUGAGGAGCUAAUGCUUUGUUUUCAGAACCUGUUUUCUGAACGGUACCACUAUUGGUUCGUUACUGAAAUAUCAAACAAUACAACUUGGCUAGGAUAAGAACUCAAUGCUGCUAUCAUUCAGCUCCUUUGUGUGAGUUUUGUAUGAGUAAGACCCACAGGAUCAGCCUCUUCAAGACUGGAGACAGAUGGAGGGUACCUUACAUACAAGAGAUCUGAUGGGAUCGCAGCUUUAAAGCAUUGUCUAAAGUAAGAAUCCCUUGUUAUUCUGUGUGAUCGCUUCAUAAAGAAAUCCUGUUGCUCCAAGAACACUGACAAUUUCUGGGAAGUAAAAUAGAUGAAAGACUUUACCACAGCAGCUUUGCACACACUGAGCUGCAUCACCCUUUGUGAGUAAUCCCAGAAAACUUUACACUAGAGUUUGCUUGUGAAUGAGGGAGCUACUCAGUGUGGGCAAGGAUGUUGCCUUUUUUCAGUAAACGUGCCCAUGGAAUGUAAGCAAGCAUUUGUAAAUGUACAGCUAAUUGAAAGCAGUCCUUCAAACCUAUAGAAAGUGUGGUGUGGGUCAGGGUGUUUGUUCAAACCCAUAUAAGAUGUGGGUCAGGGGAUUUUCGAUUACAUCAGGGCAGCAAAACUCACUGUAUUUUCAGAAUAAGUUAGAUGAAGAAUAUUAUAUGAUUGCAUCUUUUUUUUUUUCAGAGAAGAAAACUGUUGGUUUCUCCCUCACUCUCUGGAGAGGUUGAUGUUGGAGAAAACAGCAUCUGAAGUAUAGAAGGAUUUUGUAGGACAUGUUGGCAAUAGCAUGUAUUUCAUGAGAAUGAUCUGACUUUAACCCAUUGCAGUCAAGAAGGAAGGAAUGGCUACAAUUUGUGCAAAGUAAAAGCCAGUUGCCUUUUGUGGGUUUGUUUUCAUGGUCACUCAUGAAGUUGGUGAGGAGCAGGCAGCCAGAGGCUUCAGUUGAAACACUCUAAGACUUAGAGAGAGCAUAGUGUGUAAAGAAAUGAAUACUCAGAGCCUCUUUUGCCCUCUUUGCACCUUAGACAAGAAAUAUGGAGAUUUAUUCCUAUUGUCUUAGCAAAUGUUAAUUUGCCUUCCAGAUCUGUGAAUCAACCACAUUGUACAGAAGAUGCUAUGGGAGGAGGUAGGUUUAGGGAAUUGCUAACUUCAGUGUUCAACACCUAGCAUAUGUUUGUCAUUUGUCCUUGCAACUGAACCAAAAUAGUCUUAAGGCCAUUUAGCAUCAGUAACUCUACACUGAAUUCAGUUUAUUUUUCACAAUCUACCCUGAGCAUCUUUGCUUUGAGACCACUUAAGUAUGGAAGGAAGAGACAAUAAGCAGUUUGAAGAGUUGUGUGUUGUGAAAUUUCCCUGGGUCACAUUCUGAUAAUUGAGCUGGCUUAAAUUUGGUGCCUUCCCAAUCACUUUGAACUCCUAGGAAAAACCAACAGAGGUACCUGAUGUGGAAAUAGUGGACAUACUGCUUCUCAGGGAAGCAGAUGUUAGGUCUCUCAGGGAAUAUACCAUUAGCCCAGUCUUCCAGUGGUAACUCUGUUACUGUUUUCAACAGGAAAGGCUUGGGUAUCUUGAACUCAUGGUGAAUGUCAUGCUUGGUUUGAAUUUAGGUUAUACCUACAUUUCGUACAUUGCUUUUUUAUUAUUAUUUUUUAAGUGGCAGCCUUAAAAAUGCCAGAAAUAUAAGUAGUUUCUUAAAUAUUUACAGAAGUUCAGUUUAAUUCGUUUCUCUCUCAUGCACCUCACCGCACUAUCCCAUGCAUUUUGUAUUUCAGCUGCACAGCAGUUUNAUAGAGGAAGAUUGCUGGAAAAGAGAAAAGAGGAAAGGGAAAGGAGCACAGGCACAGAAAAUACUAUGAAAUGAAACCUGGUAUAUUCCCAGCCUGGUGUUUUAUCACAAGAUCUGUCAGGAAAAAUUGCAGUUUAUUUUUUAAUAGACUGUGCUAAUGGAACUGUUUACACUAGAAAAAAGAAAACAAAAAAACUUUUCAGUCAAUGGAUGGCAUUCUACUAUAAAAUUCACUAUACUUUUCUGAAAUAUCUAAUGAGAAGUAAAACAGCACUUAAUCCAAUCUGUCUAUGUGUAGCUCACUUAAAAAAUGCUUUAUUAAAGGUCCUGAAUGUAAAGUACAAAAAUGUAGCUGCCUGCUUCAUCAAAAUCAAUUAGAUUUACGUGUUUCAGCAUUUUUGUGAACAGCAGUCGUUCAUUUUCUGCUGACAGAGAAAGCGGUAAAUUCCACUGACAAUAAGGCAAAAAAAUAAAAGAUUUAUAUUUCCCUCCAUUAGCUCUGUUAAUCCCUUUGAAUUAGUUAAAGUCAGGCCAUGAGGAGUAGUUUUUCUACUGUGAUGUCUAACAAGUGGCAUGAGUCAGGGAAAUAAGAACCUCACUGAUUCUGAAUUGUAUGGCACUCAGUACAGAGGUUAACCCUAGGCUGAAGGUACACCCUACUUUUGAGUUUGUUCUAUGCCUUUGACCCAAAACUGCUGAUGAUUUCCUCUAUGAUGUAACAGUGUCAGCACAGCAUCCCUUUCAACUCAGUCCACUGGAGUAAAAAAUUAAUACUGAGGUCUCCCACUUCCUCACUGAGUACUUUAGCCAACAAACUAUUUAUAAAGGUGAUACAGCUAAAAUGCUUUUCCUUUAGGCAUAUAAAUGUUUUAUUUGACCUAGCUUUUUGUCUCUCAGUAGACUAACACUUUUGUUUCACAAGGACAUUCUCUAUCUGGAAAGCAAACAUAUGUCAAAAACUGGGAACAGCUGAAUUAAGCAAAAGGCUUAAUCUUGUCUGUCCCAGGGGUGCCCUGCCUGAGACCUGUGAUACAAGCAGAGUGUGGAGAUGUUCAACUGGGGCCCUUGUAGGUACACAGCGGAACAAUUCAAGUGUCCAGCAAAGGUUAGGGGAGUCAAAUACAUGCCUAUUGAAUUCCAGAAUCGGAGAGGUUGGAAGGGACUGCUGGAGAUCAUCUACACCAAACCGCCUGCUAAAGGUUUCCUAGAGAAUCACUCCACAUAAGGCAGGAGAGCUAUCUCACUUUGUCUUUCUGUUCCCUGCUUCUGCUCUUGAAAGCAGUCCCUGCUUGCAGCCCGAGUACAAUACCUAGCAGACUCUUGCUGAGCCUUUACUUUGUAUGCCUCGGGAUCUGAUCUACAAAGAGAUGAUAGCACUUGCCCUCCCUCCAGCUCUUCUGGGAGGAUUCCCCAGAGCAUUGUCUGUGAGGUGCUUCCAUGCUGUGUUAUGCUGUGUGUAAGUACAUCUGGCGCAAGCAUGCCAGGAGUGAUGCUAAAAGUCCUUGACUCGCUCCAACACACACUGCAUUACUUUUGGAGAGUUUUAUCAAUGAUCAGUGAUUGCUUGCAGGGUUUUGAAAACAUCUAUAAGUGUGCAUUUGCUAACCUCGAUAUUGAUUAUUUUUUUUUUACAUUAGCAGUGAUUUCUGCAGCUAAUUAAAGGGAAACUUUAAGUCAG